CCCAACGCGCUCCUCGUCACUCCGGGUUGCUCGACCGCCGGCUCGCCAACAAAGACACUCAGCACUCCAUGUUCAACACGUAGCGCAGAGGUAAGACAGAGAAAUGCCGAGUUCGAGGGCCUCGCCUACCUCACCUGGAUGACUCGCCGCCCAUGCCCAUGCCGUUACCAUCACCAGUGCGGUAGUAGAGUAGUGGUCAGCGAAGGUGUGGCGCUCGUGUUGUGGCGUGGACGUUAUUUUUUAAAGACGGACAAAAUUGUGUUUGUUGUGUUUGUUUCGGCGAAAAAUGACCUCUGGACGCCAGUAUCCGCGCUCCUCGGUGGAGUUCUACAAGGGGAAGUUGCACGAUCGGGACACGGGGGCGUAUCUAGGAAGAACGCCAAACGGCUGGGCCAAAAUUGGUCUCUUCUACUUGAUCUUCUAUGGCAUGCUCGCCGCCCUCGUGGCCAUCUGCAUGUGGGUCUUCCUGCAAACCCUAGACCCUCGAAUCCCAAAAUGGCAGCAAGACGCAUCCGUCAUUGGCACAAACCCAGGUUUAGGCUUCCGACCGAUGCCGAAAGAUAACGAAGAAAGUACCCUGAUAUGGCUGCAAGGCACCAAUAAAGCCAAUUACUUAAAUUGGUUCGACAAUAUAAUGGAGUUUUUAGACAAGUACUACACGCCCGGUAAAAUCGAAAAGGGCAACGCUUACCUCAAAACUUGCUCAUAUACAGAGUGGCCAACCGAAACCGAAGUGUGCGAGGUGGACGUGAAGGACUGGGGCGACUGCAGUCGCGACCAGUUCUUCAACUACUACAGGAGCUCACCGUGUAUAUUCUUAAAGCUGAACAAAAUCUACGGCUGGACGCCGGAUUAUUACGACGACCCUUAUGAUCUCCCGCCAGAUAUGCCAAAACAUUUGCAAGAUCACAUCCGGAACAUCACACGACUGGAAGAGAGGAGGAAUAUUUGGGUGUCUUGCGAAGGUGAAAACCCGGCCGACGUGGAAUACUUAGGGCCUGUUCAGUUUUACCCUCCCGUUCAGGGAUUCCCGGGGUACUACUUCCCGUUCCGGAACUCCGAAGGGUAUCUUAGUCCCUUGGUGGCCGUCAGGUUUCUCCGGCCAGUUUCUGGGAUUGUUAUCAAUAUUGAGUGUCGAGCCUGGGCCAAAAAUAUCCAUUACAACAGGGCGGAGCGGAUGGGCUCGGUACAUUUCGAGCUUCUGAUUGAUUAGAAGUGCCUUAUUUAGGAGUAUUUGUAAUUUUCUACAUUGUUAGGAGAUGUUGCGUUCGAGCUUUUAAUGACAUUCCGUUUAGUGACGAAGUGAGUUUUUUGUGUAGUUGGCAGCACUUGAGCAAUGAUAUUACUUUGUAUGAUUCAGACUUGCCAAAGAGUCUUUUUAUUUCUACAAUAGGUACAUCGCGUUACGAUGGUAUUGAUUUGGCAUCUGUAAGUUUUAUUGUGUUCGUAAUUUAAUUUACAUAAUUAUUAUUAUGUAUAUACUUGGAUAAGUUAUAUCUGUUUAUUUUGUUAUUACUCAGUGUUUAAAUAAAGAUUUUAGUCAUU